CCCUCCUCCUAGUUUUAAACAUGGCGGCCAUGUCCACUCUCCUAACGAACGUCCAGCCGCCUGCAAAGUGACUCGGCUUCAGUCGGCUUCGCUCGGCCGCCGUUUGUUUCUCUUCUGUCGCUCGGAUGCCAACGUCGACCGCUUGCUCGCCAACAAGCUCCGUGCUCCGGUCGGCCCGCCGAUCGCUGUAGCCUCCGCGAGGGGCCCUUCGUUGGCUUCUAUUUGGGAGCCCAAGCAGCAGCCUGGAAGUCAAAGGCCAGCCCCGGCCGUCAGCCGUCCAGCCGCCUUCCUUCCCCCCGUCCGGAGGAUGGUUUGACGCGGAGCACUCGAGCCGUCCUCUGCGCCAACGAUGUGUGAAAACUGCGCCGAGCUGGUGGAGGUUCUGAACGAAAUUUCGGACGCGGAUGGCGGCAGCGAGGGCGGCUUCCAGCUGAAGAAGGAACAUGCGCUGCGAGUAUUGGCUCACAUCAGCUCGUGGACGCAGAGACAAUGUCUGUGCUGCUUCAAGGAGUACAAGCACCUGGAGGUCUUCAACCAGCUGGUGUACGCGCUCAUCAACCUGGUGGUGGGACAGAUCGCCGGCCUCAGGGACCGCCUGUGCCGCCUGCGGGCCCCUGAGGGGGCCGCUGACUGCGACCAACGGGGCCCCCGCCGGCCGGCCUCGCCCGGCGAAGACGAGCCCGUCAACGUGGAGCGGGACUCGGCGGAGGAGGAGGACGCCCAGUCCCCGGGCGCCGACCUGAACCGGAAGCAGGCCGAGGAGGAGGAGGAGGAGGACGACGACGAUGAGGAGGAGGACGGCGGCGAUGGCGGCGAGCUUGACGCAUUCAGCUCGUGGAGCACGGACGAGCGAGAGAAGCUGCUGCUGUGCGCCGCCAAGAUCUUCCAGAUCCAGUUCCCGCUCUACACGGCUUACAAACACAACACGCACCCCACCAUCGAGGACAUACCUGCUCACGAGAGCAGCAUCCUGGGCUCCUUUUGUGACAUGAAUGACGUGGAGGUUCCUUUGCACCUUCUGCGCUACGUUUGCCUCUUCUGCGGCAAGCACGGCCUCUCUCUGAUGAAGGAAUGUUUCCAGGCCGCCACGCCCGACAGCCUCCCCUUCCCCAUCGCGCACGCUUUCAUCAGCAUCGUGUCGAACAUCCGGAUAUGGCUUCACAUUCCGGCCGUCAUGCAGCACAUCAUCCCCUUCCGCUCCUACGUCAUACGGUACCUGUGCCAGCUCUCGGACCAGGACCUGCGUCAGAGCGCGGCGCGCAACAUGGCCGACCUGAUGUGGAGCACGGUGAAGGAGCCCCUGGACAGCGCGCUGUGCUUCGACAAGGAGAGCCUGGACCUGGCCUACAAGUACUUCAUGUCGCCCACGCUCACCAUGAGGCUGGCCGGACUCAGUCAGAUCACUAACCAGCUGCACACUUUUAACGACGUCUGCAACAACGAGUCUCUCGUGUCCGACACUGAAACGUCGAUCGCCAAGGAUCUGGCCGACUGGUUGAUACACAACAGCGUGAUCGAGCACCUUUUUGGACCCAAUUUGCACAUUGAGAUCAUCAAACAGUGCCAAGUGAUCCUUAACUUCCUGGCUGCGGAAGGCCGACUCAGCACGCAGCACGUGGACUGCAUUUGGGCCGCGGCUCAGCUGAAGCACUGCAGCCGCUACAUCCACGACCUUUUCCCUUCCCUCAUCAAGAACUUGGACCCGGCGCCCCUUCGCCACGUCCUCAACUUGGUCUCGGGUCUGCACCCCAGCGCGCACACCGAACAGACGCUCUACUUGGCCUCCAUGCUCAUCAAGGCUCUGUGGAACAACGCCCUGGCCGCCAAAGCCCAGGUGUCCAAGCAGAGCUCCUUCGCCUCGCUGCUCAACACCAACAUGGCCGUGGGCAACAAGAAGGGCUCUCCGGCCGCCAGCCCCGACAGCAGCGACACGCAGCGCAGCGCCGGCAGCGACAUGGACGAGCAGAUGAUGUCGGGCGGCAAGCGCGGACAGCAUCGGCUUUCCGACACCGAGGAGUCGAUGCAGGGCAGCUCGGACGAGACGGCCAACAGCGCCGAGGAAGGCAGCAGCGGGCCGGGCAGCACCAGCGGCCGCAGCGACGCCUCCAGCAACGAGGUGGCCUCCAGCGGAGCCAGCCAGUCGGCCGGCAGCCCCGCCAGCAACGUCCACUCGGACGACAUGGCCGACAGCGAGGCCCUGAAGGAGGAUGAGGACGAGGAAGAUGACGACGACGACGAUGAGGAAGACGAGGAGGAGGACGAGGAGGACGACGAUGAUGAUGAAGAGGAGGACGAGGAAGAAGAGGUGUCUGCUGACAGCAGGUCGCACAAGGCGGAGAAGGACCCCCGGGACCAAGGGGAGUCACGCAAGAGGAAAGCGGGCGAGGCUCUGAGCGACGGCGCAAAAGCCAAGGUCCUCCCCUUCAGCCCGGAGACGUCCGCCAUCAUGGCUGCUGCCGCCGCCGCUGCGUCCACCUCCCUGGAGAAUCGUAUGCGGAUGAUGGACACGUGCGUGGCGUCCUCGUCCGCGCAGACCUCCCAGGUGCCUGACGUCAGUCCCCGCCAGGGAGGGGCCGGGCCUCAGGAUCCAUCCUGCGUGGCCCGGCCCGCCAACUUCCUGGGCGAGGCCAUGGGCGGGGAAAUCUUCAACUGCCGGCGCUUCAUUGGCCCCCAGCAUCAUCAUCACCACCACCAUCAUCAUCAUCAUAACCACCAUCACGAUGGGCCCACGGUGGAGGACAUGCUGAGCACGGACGACGUGAGCUGCAGCAGCUCGCAGGUCAGCGCCAAGUCGGAAAAGAACAUGGCCGACUUUGACGGCGAGGAGUCGGGCUGCGAAGAAGAGCUGGUCCAGAUCAAUUCGCACGCCGAGCUCAGCUCACACCUGCAGCAGCACCUCCCCAACCUGGCGUCCAUCUACCACGAGCACCUGGUGCAAGGGCCGGCCGUGCACAAGCAUCAGCACUCGGGCGGCCACGCCGUCGCCGACGUCAACCUGGACAACGUCUGCAAGAAGGGCAACACGCUGCUGUGGGACCUGGUGCAGGACGACGACGCCAGCCACCUGUCGGAGGGUCUGAUCAACGAGGCCGAGAAGCUGCUCUGCUCGCUGGUGUGCUGGUUCACCGACCGGCAGAUCCGCAUGCGCUUCAUCGAGGGCUGCCUGGACAACCUGGCGCACCACCGGUCCGUGGUGGUCUCGCUGAGGCUCCUCCCCAAGCUCUUCGGCACCUUCCAGCAAUUCGGCUCCAGCUACGACACGCACUGGAUCACCAUGUGGGCCGAGAAGGAGCUGCACAUGAUGAAGCUGUUCUUCGACAACCUCCAGCACUACAUCCAGGAGGUCCGGCAGCAACGCCACAAGUUUGCGCUGUACAGUCACAGUGCGGAGGUGCAGGUGCGCCUUCAGUUCCUCACGUGCGUUUUCUCCACGCUGGGAUCUCCAGACCACUUCAGACUGAGUCUGGAGCAGGUGGACAUCCUGUGGCACUGCCUGGUGGAGGACGCCGAGUGCUACGACGACGCCCUGCACUGGUUCCUCAACCAGGUGCGCAGCAAGGACCAGCACGCCAUGGGCAUGGAGACCUACAAGCACCUUUUCCUGGAGAAGAUGCCUCAGCUGAAGCCGGAGACCAUCAGCAUGACGGGCUUGAACCUCUUCCAGCACCUUUGCAACCUGGCCCGGCUGGCCACCAGCGCACUGGACAACGCCGCCAACUGCGAGCUGUGCGGCAUGGACCAGCUGUGGGGCAUCGCCCUCCGAGCUCAGUCGGCCGACAUCAGCCGCGCCGCCAUCCAGUACAUCAACUCCUACUACAUCAACGCGGGCAAGACGGGCCUGGAGAAGGAGCAGGAGUUUAUCCGCAAGUGCAUGGAGAGUCUGCUGAUGGCGUCGGCCAACCUGGAGAAGGACCCCCAGUCGGGCCUGACCAGCAUCGAGAGGGGCCUGCUUAUGCUCAAGACGCACCUGGAGGCCUUCAGGCGCAGGUUCGCCUACCACCUGCGCCAGUGGCAGAUCGAGGGCACGGGCAUCGGCAGCCACCUCAAGGCGCUCAGCGACAAACAAUCGUUGCCGCUCAGGAUCGUCUGUCAGCCCGCCGGACUUCCCGACAAGAUGACCAUCGAGAUGUACCCCAGCGAUCAGGUGGCAGACCUGCGCGCAGAAGUGACCCACUGGUACGAAAACCUGCAAAAGGAGCAGAUGAACCAGCAGGCGCAGCUGCAGGAGUUCGGCCAGAGCGGCCGGCAGCCGGGAGACUUCUCAGGGGGUCUGAUGGGACCCGUCCGUAUGAUCUCGUCGGGCCACGAACUGACCACAGACUACGACGAGAAGACUCUUCAUGAGCUGGGCUUCAAGGACAUGCAGAUGGUGUUUGUGUCUCUGGGGGCGCCUCGGCGCGAGCGCAAAGGCGAAGGCGUGCAGCUGCCGGCGUCGUGCCUGCCUCCCCCGCAGAAGGAGCACAUCCCCAUGCUGCUGCUGCUACAGGAGCCGCAUCUCACCACGCUCUUUGACCUGCUGGAGAUGCUGGCCUGCUUCAAGGCACCCAGCCCCACCCACGCCGAACGCCACCACGCUCCCGAGAUGGCUCGCUGCGAGGAACUGCACCUACACGCCGAGAACCUUUCUCGCCGCGUUUGGGAGCUUCUCAUGCUGCUGCCCACGUGUCCCAAGAUGCUACGGGCCUUCCAGAACAUCUCGGACGACGGCCCGGACGAAGGGCCGUGCUGGAAGGAGCUGCUGAGGAUGAAAAGUGCCCACAAGCUUCUGUACGCGCUGGAGAUCAUCGAAGCACUUGGCAAGCCCAACAGGCGCAUCCAUAGGGAGUCCACGGGCAGCUACAGCGACUUGUACCCCGACUCGGACGACUCUAGCGAGGACCAGAUUGAAAACAGCAAAAACUCGUGGAGCUGCAAGUUUGUUUCAUCUGGCGGUCUGCAGCUGCUCCUGGAGAUCUUCAACUCCGCCAUCCUGGAGCCCAAAGACCGGGAGUCCUGGACUGUGUGGCUGCUGGACUGCCUGGCUUGCCUGCUGAAGCUCAUCUGCCAAUUUGCCGUGGACCCCGCCGACCUGGACCUGGCCUACCACGACGUCUUCUCCUGGUCCGGCCUCGCCGAUGGCCAACGCAAGCGGUCCUGGCCGGGGAAGUCGCGCAAGUCCGCCGUAGAUCACGGCAAAAGUCUUCACAUCCCCAGACUCACCGAGGUGUUCCUCAGCCUGGUCCAAGGAACCAACCUGAUCGAGCGGCUCAUCAACGUGGCCUACACCUACGACAACCUGGCGCACAGAGUUCUGAAGGCCCAGUCGGAUCACCGGUCUCGACAUGAAGUGACUCACUACUCCAUGUGGCUGCUGGUGAGCUGGGCCCACUGCUCGUCGUCCGUCAAGUCCAGCCUAGCCGACAGCGAGCGUCUGCAAGACUGGCUCAGGAAACUCACCCUGCUGGUGCCCGAGGCGGCGGUGCGUCACGAGGCGUGCAACGGCCUCUACAAGCUCUCCCUCUCGGGCCUGGAAGGCGGCGAGUCCAUCAACAGAUCUUUCCUGCUGCUCGCCGCAUCCACGCUGCUCAAGUUUCUGCCCGACGCGCAAGCUGUCAAACCUAUCAGGAUGGAGGACUACGAGGAGGAGCCGCCCCUCAGAAGCGGUUGCAAAGAAUACUUUUGGCUGCUGUGCAAGCUCAUCGACAACAUCCACGUCAAAGACGCCACCCAGGUCUCUCCCUCUCUGUGGCUGGCGGGCUCGGUGCAGAGUACCCUGCUGGACCUGGACGCGUUGGCGCGACACCUGGCAGACUGCAUACGAAGCCGCGAGAUGCUGGACCAGCAGGACGGCAGCGUGGAGGACGACGGCCUGACUGGUCUGCUGCGGCUGGCCACCAGCGUCCUCAAGCACAAGCCCCCGUUCAAGUUCUCCCGCGAGGGCCAGGACUUCCUGCGCGACGUGCACAACCUCCUCUUCCUGCUGCCCAGCCUGGCCGACCGCGCCCAGCCCAAGUGCAAGUCGCACGCCGCCCGCGCCGCCGCCUACGACCUGCUGGUGGAGACGGUCAAGGGCUCGGCCGACAACUACCGCCUGCUUCACAACUGGGUCAUGUCCCAGCACAUGCAGGCCUCGCACGCUCCGUACAAGUGGGACUACUGGCCUCACGAGGACGUGCGCGCCGAGUGUCGCUUUGUGGGCCUCACCAACCUGGGCGCCACCUGCUACCUGGCGUCCACCAUCCAGCAGCUCUACAUGAUCCCCGAAGCCCGCCAGGCCAUCUUCACCGCCAAGGUCGGCCCCUCCUCCUCUUCCUCGCCGUUCGGAGCGCUUAUGUCGCCUCGCUGUUUGCGUGCGCAGUACGCCGAAGAGAUCAAACACAAGACCACCCUGCUGGAGCUCCAGAAGAUGUUCACCUACUUGAUGGAGAGCGAGAGGAAGGCGUACAACCCGCGGCCCUUUUGCAAGACGUACACCAUGGACAAGCAGCCGCUCAACACGGGAGAGCAGAAGGACAUGACUGAGUUCUUCACCGACCUCAUCACCAAGAUUGAGGAGAUGUCGCACGAGCUGAAGGACACGGUGAAGACUCUGUUUGGCGGCGUCAUCACCAACAACGUGGUCUCUCUGGACUGCGACCACGUGAGCCAGACGGCCGAGGAGUUCUACACGGUCAGGUGUCAGGUGGCCGACAUGAAGAACAUCUAUGAGUCUCUGGACGAGGUGACCAUCAAGGACACGCUGGAGGGCGACAACAUGUACACGUGCUCCCACUGCGGGAAGAAGGUCCGUGCGGAGAAAAGGGCUUGUUUCAAGAAGCUUCCGGGCAUCCUGAGCUUCAACACCAUGCGCUACACUUUCAACAUGGUCACCAUGAUGAAGGAGAAAGUCAACACGCACUUCUCCUUCCCGCUGCGUCUCGACAUGACGCCCUACACCGAACACUUCCUCAUGGCCAAAGGGGAACCCAAAGAAGGCGAGUCCAAGGCGUCCGAGAGUUCCGAGUACGACCUGAUCGGCGUGACGGUGCACACGGGCACGGCGGACGGCGGCCAUUACUACAGCUUCAUACGAGACAUCGUCAACCCUCACGCGUACAAGAACAACAAGUGGUACUUGUUCAACGACGCCGAGGUGAAACCCUUCGACUCGGCACAGCUCGCGUCCGAGUGCUUCGGCGGAGAGAUGACGACCAAAACGUACGACUCGGUCACCGACAAGUUCAUGGACUUCUCCUUUGAGAAGACGCACAGCGCCUACAUGCUGUUCUACAAACGCGUGGAGCUUCAGGAGGACGCCGCCAAGGAGUUCACCUUUGACGUUUCGCCGGACCUGCUGGAGUGGAUCUGGCACGACAACAUGCAGUUCCUCCAGGACAAGAACAUAUUUGAGCACACCUACUUUGGCUUCAUGUGGCAUCUGUGCAGCAGCAUCCCCAGCACGCUGCCCGACCCCAAAGCCAUCUCCCUCAUGACGGCAAAGCUCAGCACCUCGUUUGUUCUGGAGACCUUCAUUCAUUCCAAGGAAAAGCCCACUAUGCUGCAGUGGAUUGAACUCCUCACCAAACAGUUCAACAACAGCCAGGCAGCUUGUGAGUGGUUUUUGGACAGGAUGGCAGACGACAACUGGUGGCCCAUGCAGAUCCUCAUCAAGUGUCCCAAUCAGAUUGUCAGACAGAUGUUCCAGAGGUUGUGCAUCCACGUCAUCCAGAGGCUGCGUCCGGUCCACGCUCACCUCUACCUGCAGCCAGGCAUGGAGGAUGGGUCCGACGACAUGGACGGGUCAGUGGAGGACAUCGGCAGCCGCUCGUGCGUGACUCGCUUCGUCAAGACGCUGCUGUCCAUCAUGGAGCACGGGGUCAAGCCGCACAGCAAACACCUCACCGAGUACUUUGCCUUCCUCUACGAGUUUGCCAAGAUGGGAGAGGAGGAGAGCCAAUUCCUGCUGUCGCUGCAAGCCAUCUCCAUCAUGGUGCACUUCUACAUGGGCACCAAAGGACCGGAAAACCUACAGGUGGAGGUUCUGUCAGAGGAGGAAGGUGAGGAGGAGGACGAGGAGGAGGACAUCCUGUCCCUCGCCGAGGAGAAGUAUCGCCCGGCCGCUCUGGAGAAGAUGAUUGCCCUUGUCGCGCUCCUGGUGGAGCAGUCGCGCUCCGAGCGACACCUGACGCUGUCCCAAAGCGACAUGGCGGCGCUGACGGGCGGCAAAGGUUUCCCCUUCCUCUUCCAGCACAUCCGAGACGGCAUCAACAUCCGGCAGACGUGCAACCUCAUCUUCAGCCUCUGUCGCUACAACAACCGCCUGGCCGAGCACAUCGUGUCCAUGCUCUUCACCUCCAUCGCCAAGCUGACGCCUGAGGCUGCUAAUCCUUUCUUCAAGCUGCUCACCAUGCUGAUGGAGUUUGUAGGCGGCCCCCCGGGAAUGCCCUCCUUCGCCACGUACAUCCUGCAGAGGAUCUGGGAGGUGAUCGAGUACAACCCGUCCCAGUGUCUGGACUGGCUGGCGGGGCAAACUCCUCGGAACAAGCUGGCCCACAGCUGGGUUCUGCAGAACAUGGAGAACUGGGUGGAACGCUUCCUGCUGGCCCACAACUACCCUCGCGUGCGCACCUCGGCGGCGUACCUGCUGGUGUCGCUGAUCCCCAGCAACUCCUUCCGUCAGAUGUUCCGCUCCACGCGCUCGCUGCACCUGCCCACGCGCGAACUGCCGCUGUCGCCCGACACCACGGCCGUGCUGCACCAGGUCUACAACCUCCUGCUGGGCCUGCUGGCCCGCGCCAAGCUCUACGUGGACGCCAGCGUGCACGGCAACACCAAGCUGGUGCAGUACUUCAGCUUCAUGACCUACUGCCUCAUCUCCAAGACGGAGAAGCUCAUGUUCUCCCUCUACUUCAUGGACCUGUGGAACCUCUUCCAGCCUAAACUGUCGGAGCCGGCCAUCGCCACCAACCACAACAAGCAGGCGCUGUUGUCCUUCUGGUACAACGUGUGCGUGGACUGCAGCGAAAACGUCCGGCUGGUGGUUCAGAACCCGGCCGUGACCAAGAACAUCGCUUUCAACUACAUUCUGGCUGACCACGACGACCAGGAGGUGGUGCUGUUCAACCGCGGCAUGCUGCCCGCCUACUAUGGCAUCCUACGCAUGUGCUGCGAGCAGUCGCCCGCCUUCACGCGCCAGCUGGCCUCCCACCAGAACAUCCAGUGGGCCUUCAAGAACCUGACGCCGCACGCCAGCCAGUAUCCCCGGGCGGUGGAGGAGCUCUUCAACCUCAUGCAGCUGUUCGCAGCGCAGCGAAUGGACAUGCGGGAGGACGAGGUGGAGGACGUCAAACAGUUCAAGAAGACCACCAUCAGCUGCUACCUCAGAUGUCUGGACGGACGCUCGUGCUGGACCACCCUCAUCAGCGCCUUCCGGGUCCUGCUGGAGAACGACGAGGACCGACUGCUGGUGGUCUUCAACCGAGGCCUGGUCCUCAUGACGGAGUCGUUCAACACGCUGCACAUGAUGUACCACGAGGCCACCGCCUGCCACGUCACCGGAGACCUGGUGGAGCUGCUCUCCAUCUUCCUGUCGGUGCUCAAGGCCACCAGGCCCUACCUGCAGCGCAAAGAUGUCAAGCAGGCUCUGAUCCAGUGGCAGGAGAGGAUUGACUUUGCCCACAAGCUCCUCACGCUGCUCAACUCGUACAGCCCACCCGAGCUUCGCAAUGCGUGCCUGGACGUGCUGAAGGAAGUGCUUCUGCUCAGCCCGCACGAUUUCCUGCACACGCUGGUGCCCUUCCUGCAACACAACCACUUUACGUACCACCACAGCAACAUUCCCAUGUCGCCGGGCCCGUACCUGCCCUGCCGUGAGAACAUGAAGCUGUUGGGGGCCAAGAGCAACGUCCGCCCCCCGAGGCCCGAACUCAACAUGUGUCUGCUGCCGUCCAUGGUGGAGAGCGCAAAGGGCAAGGACGAGGUGUACGACGGCAUGCUGCUGGACUACUUCCUGCCGUACCAGCAGUUCAUUCACCUUGUGUGUCGCGUGGCCAUCAACUGCGAGAAGUUCACCGACACGCUGGUCAAGCUGAGUGUGCUGAUGGCGUACGAAGGACUUCCUUUGCACCUUGCGCUCUUCCCUAAACUCUGGACAGAACUGUGCCAGUCGCAGUCGCUGCUGUCCAAGACCUGCGUGAAGCUGCUGUGCGAUGACGCCGCCUUCAGCGAGUACAUCAAGCGCGUCCUGAUGGAUGAUCGGGGCUUCCUCAACAACAACACCAUCUACGCCUUCCUCACGUGCUUCCUGCACAAGGUGCAGGUGUUGUCGGGCGCCAGCUGCUGCAGCCUGGCGGGCGUGUUGGUGGCCAGCGUGCUGAGCGAGCGCGGUGGCCUGCGGCCCGAGCUCGCCUCUGAUUGGCCGCAGCUCAGCAAGACCGCCGGCCAGCUCAACGCGGAUCUUCGGGCGUUGACGCUGUUGCUGUCGGUGCAGUCGCCACCGACCCUCGACCCCGCCCUGGGCCCCGCCCUUCAAGAACUGACGACGCGGUGUCACCUUUGUGUGCAGCGCCGCGACGCGCUGGCGGACGCGUGCCGCCACCGCCGCAACGACGGAGGACACAUGAUUGGCAUUUUGACUAAUUUUGUCAUGUGCUUGUUUGCGGGAUCAGAGGAGGAGGGCGCCAUCCCCGUGAAACGGCGGCGCGUGAGCAGCGAUGACGAAGACGACGAGGUGCCCAGCACGUCCGCCGCCGGCCUGCCCCCAUCUUGCGGCGAAGCCAGCGCCGGCCCGCCGCCGUGCCCAGAGUCAUCCAAGUCCGAGCGGCAAGGGGCGCUGACGCCCACGAGCACCUCCGACACGGAGACGCGGGACUCCUCAUCCCUCAUCGACCCGGGCACCGAGCAGGACCCCCCGUCCCCGCCCGACGCCGCCCCCCCGUCGUGCCCCGCGGAGCCCGCACCCGCCGCUGCCCUGUCCCCCUCGCAAACCGCUCCCUCCCCAAAAGCGGACAAGAUGGCGGAACGGGAAGACCCGGACCAGAGAGCGGCCGACCCCCAGGCCCCGCCCCUCCAGGAAGACGCCGCCCUCUCAGCGGGGGAGGGAACAGAGGACGUGCUGGACGCAUUGUGCAGGACACUAGAAGCUGCCGUCACCGCGGUUACCAAAGUGACUGCGAAAGACCCGCCCUCCUCGUGACAUCAUUGGUCACUGUAAGGUUGACACCCCCCCUCCCCCUCCCGCUUUGUUGCCUUGGAGUCGCACUUUUUUUUUUCUUCUUCAAAGGGCAAAAAGUGUUUUUCUUAUUUUAUACAACAAGUGAGGAUUUUUGUUUGACGUAAUUUAAUUUUAUUGCAUUUUUACUGCUCGUCCUCUCUGUGCCACUUUUUGUACUUUUGUCAACGACGAAGCGAUGACGGUGAGAUGAAAGGAAAAAAAAGUUGCCUUGAGUAGACACGUUUGUUGCGAUAAACAGUUUACGCGUACAUGAGAACCACAAAAACAAAAACUUGAUGUCUGAAGGUGUAUAUGAAAACUAUAAAUAUAUAUAUGUGCGUGUGGGUGUACGUGUGUAUAUAUAAUAUAUAAUGUAUAUUAUAUAUGUAUAUAUAUUAUAUAUGUAUGUGUAUAUAUAUAUUAUAUAUAUACAUAUAUAUAUAUUAUAUAGAUGAAAGUGGUGCUUUAUUGGACUGAGGUGCAAAUAAAGCCAGGCGUUGGUGUUGGACCAGUCAGCGGUUUUGAUUUUCCUGACUGGCACGACCAUUCCCGGCGACCAUUCUGCUGUUGAGUUUUAGCCGCUUGUGUUGUCCUUCUUUCAUUUCACACACAACCUCUCAAUAAAAAGAUCUUUAUUGACAAUGUA